GAAGGCAUGGUAAUGCCCAAGUCACGAACAGAAGAGAAAGAGAAGCCCCCAGUGACUAUAUCAAAAAACACUCGCUGUCAUACCACGGUUUAUUUCAGUAUAAUGUUUUAUCGAAGGACAUUUUACGUUUGUGCACGUGUUAAAAAUUAAAUUUUAAUGAAUAGCCAAGGAUAGUUACGACGAAAGCCGUUUUUCUGAUUUUCAGAAUGAUUAUUUAAUCGGGCUUAUAGCUUUAUUACAAUUGAAAGGUUUUAAAUAAACGCAAGAAGGAGUUAUUAGGUCGAAACACAUUCAGCACUACAUAUUGCCAAUAAGCCUAUAUGUCUUUGAAGCAAAAGUGUAAAACAAGAAAUGUUAUUAAUAAUAAAUCAAUAUUGCAAGGAUGAAACUAUGUAGGAAUUCAGUGCGUUUGUAGAUGAAAGGAACAUAGGAUUAUUCUAUUGACGAUUCAUUUUUUAAUAAUUUUGGACUCGUGUAGGUUGGAGCUCUAGUUCUCAUGAGAACACCAAGACAUCGUUUGUAAACAUAAGGAUUGUAUGUCGCCCGCGAUCGAUGGGCCGAGGCAGAGAUUGCGAAACCGAAGAUGCGGUAGUCGAGCGGUAUAGUUAAGCGUGUGUAUAUAUUUUUUUGUUUGUGUUCUUGCAGCUAUCCUCCUAAAGAAAGAUAUGUGGGAAGUUUAUGUUGUCCGAGCGUGACGAUGUUUCCUCUAUGUGCGGAUGACGAACACUCAUGCAACUGGAGAGGCAGACAGUUUGUGAUGCUCACAUAUUAACUUACGUGAACAUGGCGACCUGCAGAAGGUGUUUUGUAUUUGUGUCAGCGAGUGUUUAUUGCGUGCAGGAGAUGUUAUAACGUUUUCUGCAACCAUAUCAGUUUUCACAAGUUGUGUAUCGAAUUGGUGGCGUUGUGCCGUAGACCAAGUGAUUUUAUAGUAACACCAGAACCUGUGUAGCACAAGUUCUUACCUUGAGAUUCAAAUUUCUGCUUUCCCGUUUAAAACAGUAUGUGUACAAAAUGUGACGCAUUCGGGUCUGCGGUGUAACAGUGCGUGUUUUGAUUGGACCUGUUGCAAACCAUUUGUAGUAUAGUAGACUUCAGUGGAUGCGAGUGCGACAUGAAGCUAUAGCCCAUGUUUGCUUAUCAGAAAGAUGCAAGCUUUUCUGUUGGCGGUACAAUGGAAAUGCAACGGUCAUGUGUAAUUAAUAUGUGAUUGAGUUCAGUGCUCAGUUAGCAAGCCAUUAUAAAUGCCAAGCAACAUGUCCCGUGGGUACUACAAAUUAAAUAGUCGCAAGCCCUCUCAGGGCAGUUUGCAGUUCGACAAACUUUUUCAUGAGAAUAGUAAUCGUCCCUCAGCUGCAAAAAGUGCAGGUACUAUUGGUCGUUGGGGAGUCAUCUCAUGCACGUCACUACGAAGCACCAACAUAAUAGGAAGAAAGGAAGAAGAAUAUGGUGCCAAAAGAAUGCGUCUGGAAUUCAGUGGCCGCAACUCUCAGCUGUCAUCUAGAGACCCUUUCUCCUUUGAGUCGAGUGCUGUUGGUCCACCACCAGUUGUGAAACCCAGAAAGUUCUUCAAAAGUCGUAAUAUUGAUUCACCUCCAGAUGAUGGACCCAUCAGUUCACCAGCAUACAACAACAAAGAAAGGAGUUCAGAUUCAACUUAUAAGUCCAAAGUAAAAAAGUAUGGCAAAAAUAACUAUCAUUCUCAUUCAGCAGGAUCUAAAAAAGUUUUUGGAGCUUCUGUUAAGGGCAGUUCCAACACCUCAAAUGUUGAACCCCAGGCGGAGCAGACAGAAGCUAUGAAUUUAACAAGUCCAGCCAAAACAGCAGUUCCACCAAGAGAAGAGAAUAAGCCUCCAAUUGUUCUGAGGAUAUUCAAAGGCACUUCACACUUAGUUAGUGUUCCAUCCAGUCCAUGUGAGAACAGCAGUGGAAUAUCAUUGCGUAGCUCCACAAGAAAACGAAGUCACAGCAGCGAUUCACGUAGUGUAGUGAUGUACAGCAGCAGUAUUAUAACAGCACCAAAGAGAUCGACUAGAGAGCUGAGAAGCAAGCGAGUUUCGGAUUCAAGUUUUGAUUAUGUAGCAGAAGUAUCACAACAGGCCUCAGCAGUGGAUAAUUUGAAUAGUAGUGGUAGUAGCACCAACAGCAACAGUAGCAGUGGUGGCAGCAGUAGGAGUAAUUGUGCUAGUAAUGAUUGUUUAGAUUUAGCUGUAGAGGACACAACGAAGAAUGAAAAUGAAUGUUUGCCUGAGAAUCCUGUAGAAAGAAUGAGUAGUCCUAUUGCAAAUGUUGAAAAUUCUCCUGUACCAGUGAAAAAUGAGCAAGAAGUGGUGGAAGCUGAUGAUAAUCAGCCUCUUGCUUUGGAAUGUCCUUCAGUUAACACACUACCUCUGCAAGAAAAUGUUGAACAUUUUGGUGAACAGUGCAAUGGUCACCAAGAACAGUAUACAGAGGAACCUGUACAGAUGUGUAAUUCCAUACCUGAAGCAUUAACUGAGGUAGAUAACCAAAAAGAAAUUGAGCAAAUGGUAGCAGAUUCUCCACAACCACCUGAUACAAAAACUUUGCUCGAUCAGGACUGGUUCUCAGACAGUGACGACUGUAGUGAUAGCAUUUCUGAUCACAUAAACACGAUAGCUUCCACCCAAGGUGAAGGUGAAACAGAAUCAGAAAUAACUGAUGGAAGUUUGGCCAGGGUAUUGACUCAGGAAAAAUGUGAACUAGAUACACAGCAAGAGUCGGGCCCAGAGUCAGGAAGGACAUCACCUGCAGAUAAACAGUCACCUCCACCUUCGCCUAAGGCUGAAACUCGUCCAAUGUCUACUCGAAUAUCACCCAUAAAAAAAGGUAGCAUUUUCAAGAGUCGGUCAUUAUUGUCUGGUAGUAAGAAGAGACUAGCUUUGUACAAACACAAGUGGGCUGAUGAUAAAGAAGGUGGUGGUGGGGCCACACCUGAAGGCACAUCUCAAAGCCAGGAAGUUGGGGGAGCAGUUAAUAGUGUUGGAGCUUCAGUUUCACAACCUUGUCUAACAGAAGAAGACUUUGAACCUUCUAGGCUUACUAGGGUCACAUCAUGGCCAUUAAAUUCAAUGGCAAGUGAAGAAGAUCAAGAAGAGGCCAUAACCAGUGUAAAAUGUUCCAAAAAUGCAAAAGGGUAUUAUACUGUUGUCCGCAAUGUUAAAAAAGCACAUCAGAUCCAAGAGUCUGGAGAAUUUCAAGAAUUUAAUGAUGAUGUAGAAUAUAUUUUAGAUGCUCUGCAGGACAACAACCCAAUUGGAACACGGUGCCUUUCAGCCAUAACAUUAGCUUCAAAGUGCAUGGCACCAGCAUUUCGAAUGCAUGUCCGUGCACAUGGUACAGUGGCCAAAUUCUUCCGUGCACUACAUGAUGCAACUCGGGAUCAGAGUUUGGGGCUUUGUACUGCAACUGUGAUGUUUGUGCUGAGCCAGGAUCGUCUCAAUAUGGAUCUCGAUCGUGACUCUCUUGAGUUGAUGCUUGGUCUAUUAGAAUGUGAUGCUUCUCACCACAGUGCUCUUGAUGACUGUGGCAUGAGCAGUGUUCAACUUGCAAAGAACAAGGAGAAAGUGCGAGAGCUUUGUGCUGCAAUACAAAGCCAGGGCCAUGCUAAAUACCUAGACCUUGAUAACAUUACGGUGGGCCAUCUAGCCAUGGAAACAUUGCUAAGUUUGACAUCCAGACGUGCUGGAGAAUGGUUUAAAGAAGAACUGCGGGAACUAGGUGGACUUGAACACAUAGUGCGCACAAUUUGUGACUGCUGCACACAAAUUGAUGAUUAUGUUGUUGAGUGGACUGAAGUGCUCUUGAACAGGCUCAGGAAAGUUGAUCGAUGCCUUAGGGUUUUGGAAAAUGUUACUCACCAAAAUGAAGAAAAUCAGUUGUACCUCUUACGCUACAGUGAUGGAAUUUUGGUUGAUACAUUAAUGAGACUCUAUUGCCAGUGUGACUCUGAGAUACCAUUGUACCCAGUCACAAAUGCAGGUGACAAAGAGUCUGCCGGAGCUGUAAUCAGAGAAGCAUUGCUUGCUACUCUGAAGGUGUUAAUAAAUCUUUCUCAUGACUUCAAUGAUAAAUCAUUUGGCAGCACUUUAAUUGGUAGAAGACAUGGUGCAAUUGAUGCAAGCCUACACAUAAUGCUGCAGUUGCCAAACUAUGUACCUGAAGAAAAGAAAUUUGAAUUGCUUGUUCUGUCUCUUCUUUUCCUAACCAAUUUGGUGGAACAUAAUACUGAGAACAGAAAAAUUCUUUUUGAAGCAAGAGCCCCUGCUGGACCAGAUAAUGUUUUUCACUAUAACACCAAAAGUGCCGUGGAAGCACUAGUAACAUUCUUCUACCAGCAAGAACAACAAGCACGUGUUGAAGAGGGUAAGACUGAUGCCAUUUUGGAUGGAAAGAAAGAUGCUGAAGUCCAGGAUGAAGCUGCACAGGCACCCAAAACACAAGAAGAGUUUAUUGAAGAAACUGUAGCAAAAUUGUUACAGAAAGCUGGUCGUAAUAUGGAGCAUACUCUCAUUGGUGCUUACGUAGGUCUGCUGUUGGGAUAUCUUGUUAUAGACAAUAAGGACUAUGAACAUCUGAUUCGUCAGUACCUGCCUGAGGGAAAUUUCAAGACAAUAGUCGGUGUGCUGCAAAAGGUUUAUGACUUCAUGAAUCUCACAGCUUCUGCUGUAGGCAGCAGUAGAGGAAUAGCUCAAACCCGCCGUAUAAUUAACUUCCUGGUACAGUGUGAUGGCCCAAGCACCAGUGAUCAGGACACCCUAUCAUCUCAUUUUAGCUUGUCUGACAACAUUUCGUGAUAGGACCCAAGCAUGUGGGAUUCGUUAUUAAUUGCUUGUGCAAACUGAAAUAUUUGAAGUGGUUUCAAGGUUAAUUUUAAACAUAUGAAAAUACGAUAGUGUAAGAAGAGCUAUUAUCUGAAAUGUACGGUUUAUGUUUUGUGUAUAGUUACUUUUAAUUUAUUUUCCAUUUUUAAGAUUAAGCUGCAGCAAUUUCAUAUUUAUAUAAAAAGCUGUGAAGUAAUGUGAUACAAUUCGUGUUAUGAUUGUGUGUGUUGUGUUAUCUGUAAAUUUUAUCUGAGAAUUUGAUCAGCACCAUUUUAUUCCUCUAGUUAGAUUACAGUAAUUGUUGCAUAAUAUUUAAGCUGACCAAAAUAGCAGACUCUGAGAGCACUUACUUUAAAGACUUUUUAAUUUUUCACAUUAUUUUGGAACAGCAUGAUUAGAAACUUCUGAAGUGGUCUUACCAAUAAUGACAUGUACAUACAGUGUAUUGUUAGAACAUAUACUUAUAAAAUGAAAAGUUUUAUUUAUUUAUUUUAGUAUAGCUGUGUGUUGUACAAACUUGACUGGGAAGAGGCUCAAAUAUAUUGUAUACAAAUUUAGUUUUCUCUUCAGUGGUGAACAAUAACACUGCAUAACUGUUUGAAUUGACUUGUCCAGUGGUCACUUCAUUAUUGGACGCUGUAAUUUUAAUUUUGUACAAUAGGAUGAUAUCGUGCAGGCUUCUUCUCAGGGAAAUAUUUUAUUUGUAUUACUUUUUAAAACUGUAAAUAGAAGUCAGACUUUUUAAAAAAAUUGACAUAUUUUAUAAAAUUCCAUGUGUACAGUAAUUUGUGGACUAAAUGUUAAUAUUUUCUGUUUUGAUAUAAUACACUCUACAUGCCAGUGAAAUUUUGUCAUUCGAAGCAUAGGUUAUAAACAGAUGUCUUACUUAUGAUUCAAUUUCCAAAAUAAUUACCUUUCACUACAUUGCUUUUUAACCUUCAGACAGUAUUUUGAACACAAUAUCAGUAUAAAUCAUUCUUCUUCAUCAUUCCUUCUAUUUGGACCAAAUGAAUUACAUAUAUUACAUCACACAAUAUCUUUAGUGAGCAUACAAAUACCUGAAAAUAAUGUUGUGAUAUAUGUGUCAUUCCAUCUGUGUGUACCAAUUCUAAUUCCA